AAAUCGAAUUUUUUUUCCAGUAAACAUGCUCGCGAAUAGAAAAUUCGGAUAACUUCAUUUGAGAAAUUAUUGUCGGUGUUGGAUUCCGUAAUCUUCACCCACUCUGUUCAUCUUCUCCGGCGUCCUGCUCAUCUUCGUCGGCGUCCUUUUCAUAUUAACCUGUAAUAUGGUUGUGAUACCAUCAAUUAUAAAGUAAUAGAAAUUUAAUAAAAAAAAUUAAAAACAAAACAAAGAUUCAUUGUGCAUUAAAUGAGGUUAGGCGCCAAGAAUUUUCGCCACCCAUUUUUCCCGCUUAAGUUACUACUUAGCGUCAUCGAGGGUGAAAUUUUUCCCCCUAAUAAUCCCUCUUAUUUUUUUUGGCUCAAGCUUAUGUGGCAUCACCUAAUUGGGAAUGUAUGUGGGCUCUACAUACAUUGAAUGUAUGUGUAUCACCCUUCUAGGACAGUAAGAAUGUAGGAUGGUUAACCAAAUUAUCACUAAUGAAAGUUUAUGAAUUUAAAGACAAAAUGAAUAUUACACCUUGAAGUCCUGAGAGAAAAAAAAAUAAAGAAAUAAAUAAAACAAAUAAUACCUAGAGAUGUCAAAACCUAAUCCAACCGAUUUGAUUCAAAAUCAACUUGAAAAUUAUUCGAUUUAGAUUUUUACUGGAAAAGAGGAUGGAGAUUUUUUUUUUUUUUUUUUCCGAGGUACAGUUAUAAAGAAAACCUCAUUUGUUGAAUUUGAAUCUCUCUCAUAUAAUUCCCGCCAUCCUCUUUUAUCUCCAUGAAAACAUCACACAUAGAAACUUGACCAAAUUCUUCAAUUUCUGCAUAUUAAAUCAACCGUUAUUCUUCUCAUUCUCUCAUUUCCAAUGAAACCCUCCAUCCUCCUUGACCCCAACAGUCAGCCAAUCACCACCCCAAAGCUAACUCUCUCUUGUCCGAUCCUCGACCGCUUUCUUGCCGGCGGCAUUCCUUGCAAAUCCAUCACUGAAAUCGUUGCGGAAAGCGGUUCCGGCAAAACCCAACUCUGCCUUCAGCUCCUACUCUCUGCCCAACUCCCCGUCUCGCUUGGCGGCUUCUCUGCUUCAUCUCUCUACUUAUACACCGAAUAUCCCUUUCCCGAUCGCCGGCUCCGGCAGCUUUCUCUCUCUUUCGUCGAUUCUUACAAUACCCAUUUGGGUUCUACAUCAUAUGAUCCUUUGGAUAAGGUUUUAGUUCAGGCUGUUGAUGAUGCACACCACCUGUUCGACGUUUUGCUCAAGUUAGAUUCUUUUCUUGUUCAAAAGAAUAAGACCCAAUGGCCGAUUAAGCUGAUUGUCAUUGAUUCGAUUGCUGCCGUUUUCAGGUCUGAUUUUGAUAACACCCCUGCUGAUCUUAAGCGGAGGUUGUCUUUCUUUUUUAAGAUUGCUGGGAAAUUGAGAGCACUAGCUGAAAAGUUUGGAUUGGCUGUGGUAAUAACCAAUCAAGUGGUUGAUUUUGUGGGGAAUAAUGAGGGGAUUAAUGGGUUGAGGAUAGGGAAUUUGGCGUGUUUGUAUACUUCUGGGAGACGGGUUUGUGCCGCUUUAGGUUUAUCUUGGGCUAAUUGUGUUAAUACAAGGUUGUUUAUAUCGAGAAGUGAGGAGGUUGUAGGUGAGGGGAGUGGAUUUGUUGAGGAAGAUGGGAAGUAUUCUGUUAAUAUGCGUAAUAGAAGACACAUCCAUGUUGUUUUCGCGCCUCAUUUACCACCGUCUUCGUGUGAAUUCACAAUCCGAAGGGAAGGGGUUUUCGGGGUUGAAAGUAGAGAUCAGUUUGUUGCAAAUAGUAGUCAAUAAUAGAGAUGAGAGUGCUGUUGAUCUAGUAUGUGUCAGUAGUGAGUUGUUUGUUCAUAGCAAACGAUUAAAGGCAAAUUACUGCCAUGUUUUCUCUGACAUUUUUUUGCUGAUAAUCUUAUGAGCGUUGCCUGUGCUGUCCAGGGAAUGUACUCAUCCAGUAAGAUGUUUCCAGAGGUCAGUGAUUUACGUAAUGCAUUUGUUGCUCCUGUACCUCCUGUCCUUGACGCGUCACUCUUUUAAAGUUUUAAUAGCCUUGAUGCUUGUCAUAGAUAUGGAGUGGAAAUGUGCAGUUGUUUGAUUGUCUCAUUUCUUAUUAUGAGCUAGAAUUGUUACAAAGCAUAUGGAAAUUUAAUUUGCUAUAGCCUAUAAGAUUGACUAUAAGAGACUGUUCUCUAUGGUACCCUUAUAAAUGUUAUGAUAAAGAAGUUGUUCUCUUCAAUAUGAGCUAACAUGACCUCAAUAGAGAGUCCAAAUUUUCCCACCUACCCAAACUUACUGGUAAUCUUGAGAAGAGGUCAACAAAAGAAAAGUGCACAACAAAUUGAAACAAGAAACCUCUUUUAAAAAGUGGUUGAACUCCAUUUAAAAAAAUAAUAAUUAAAAAAAAAAUAAAAAAUCAACACGGAUGAAAAUGGAGAAAGAAUCCAUCUUUGGUGAUAAGCUCAAACUUUCUGCUACUACUUUUACACUCUUUUUAUUGCUACUGGUAUUGGCUCGCAGCGCCAUUGCUUGGACUGGUAAAUUCAAGGCAGAGUUGUAUGUGAUGUUUGUGGAGAUUCUUCUAUUGGCCCUGGAGAUCAUGUUCUUCAAGGGGCCGAGUUAGCUGUUCUGAACAUAACUAAAUCUGAGGAGGUUGUGAACAUCGGGCAUUCACAGAUUGAUACAGUUGCAGAAACAAUGUCUGAAAGCAAACAAUGGGAUGCCUAGCACGAUCAAUCAGCAGUUUUCAUGGACGGUGUAAUCGUCUGGGAUGGCAACUCCGGUGUCAAGUUCACUUACAACUCCUUACAAGAGCCCUUCUGGUUAUUCCUAUACUCCAUUACUCCUAAGCUGUUCGUUUAUUGGUUUCCUAAUACCCCAAUGCACUGCUAA